AUGCUUAGUUUGUGUACCCUCUACCUGGAUACAACAAUGCUUCGUUAUGCAGUUCUGGCAAUUUUAUUGCUUCAGUACGCUCGAGAUUACUCAUUACAGACCAACGCACUGAUCCUACAUCUAGCUGAUUAUGUUGGUGCAGCCAACAUUUGGAUAGGUUUGGUAUGUCCUGAUACAAAUGCGAAGAAUUGUGUAUGGGAUGAUGGUCGAAUAGGAGCAGAUCAGUACAAUGCAUUUUAUCCAGGCUAUCCUUGUGGAAAUUGUGAUCAACAUUGGUUGCAUAUGUUUAACUCGAAAGCGGGUGACAGCGCUGGCAAAUGGGCCUCAGCAAGCAUAUACCGUGCUAAGAUCGGCUAUGUUUGUGAAGUGUCAACAAGAGGUACUGUAACCUAG